GAACCUAAGUCGACGAUGUUUAAAUGUCCAUAUUGUUAAAACAGUUAAUAUUAAUAGAAAUGUAUAUAGUAAGAGAUUUAAACUGUCGAGCCUAUGUAAUAACUGUGCUUUUGCGUCUAAUUCAAUGUCUGUCGCGGCUCCGUUACAUGAUUCUAACAAAAUAAUACACAAAAUUAUAAGAAGAAAAAUUCGUGCACCACCUUUCACUGCCAUCUUUACUUCACAACCAUUUGCUAAUCAAACUGUCAGUUCAGCAGUAUGACCAACUAUAUUAAUGAUGCAAUCGAAAGUAACAAUAGAGAAAUAACUAAGCGAGUAAUAAAAAUACAUUUUUUUUAAUAGCAACAAAAUAUAUUAAAAUUUCAUCCAUUUAAAAAAAUUGAAUUUUAUUAAUUCAAUCACUCUUGAUUUUUUAUAUAAAUAGAAUAUAUAAAAGUUGUAUAUAAUACAUAAAACUUAAAUUUGUAGAACCCACUAUAUAAAGAUGAAUUGAGCAUUCGUGCAACACACGUGCGUUGCAUGUUACAAAAUUAAUUUUUCUAUAUAUUUUGUGUGGGUCGUGUAUCGCGCGUAUGUGUAGUGCGUGCGUGUGGUGUGUGGUUAGUCAAAUCUCUGUAUUGAAAGAAGUCACGUGGAAUUUCAAGGAUACUGUACUAAAAUGUUUUGUUUAUAAAAUUUAUAAUACCAAUUAUUUGCAAUAAAUGAAAAUACGACAAUAAUUUCUAUCUAUUUAAUGUAUAAUCUAGUAGGUUGUUGGUCAUAACAUUUAUUACAAACAUGCAAAGUGUUAUAAAAUUAUAUCAAAGAUUGUUAAUAAAAUAUCCAUUGAGGAUUCAAGCUGUUCAAGCUGGUACAUUGAUGGCAUUGGGAGAUCAGAUUGCACAGAAUUUAGUUGAACGAAAAAAAGAUUUAGAUUAUAUACGAACAAUUCAGUUUGGAAGUAUAGGUUUCUUUAUCGCUGGCCCAGUAACACGAACCUGGUAUGGCAUAUUAGAUAGAUACAUUGGUUCUAAAGGAGGAACUGUAGUAUUAAAGAAAGUAUGCUGUGAUCAACUUCUUUUCGCACCAGCAUUUUUAUUAGUUUUAUUGUCCGUAAUUGGUAUUUUGCAAGGAAAUGAUACACAAAAUUUGAAAACUAAAUUGCAAAAUGAAUAUCCUGAUAUUUUAAAAAGUAAUUAUAAGAUUUGGCCUAUGGUACAAUUAUUCAACUUUUAUUUUAUACCUUUGCAGUAUCAAGUUUUAAUAGUGCAAUCGGUAGCUUUAUUAUGGAAUACCUAUAUUUCUUAUAGAACUAGUAUAAAGAAACAAGAAUAGAGGUUUCAAACCGCGUUCUUCCUGUGUCCUGCAGUCGACAGAACAAGAUAUCACAUUCCACCGACAAUCAACGUCGCUUAUAUACCCUCGAUAAAACGGACUAGCAGCGGUUAGAGCCAACUGUCGAAUAUUAAACAAAUAUUCUGUAACCUUCUUCUAUAUUACAAGCUUGGAAAGUAAGCUGUAAACAACAGCACCCCAUUCCAAAGCCCAUUGCAUCCAUACUUUGAUUUCAUUCCUGCAUUAGAAAAUCUUGCGAACAUGAAAAUAUUAAAUCCAAACAAAUACAUACUAGGAAUGUUUAUCGCAACUUUUUCUCCGCGUCGUUGUCUUAUAUUUCUCGUUAAUGUUUUAAAUCGUGGGUGACCUGGAUAUAUAGCUUCAUCUGGGAAAAAUAAACUUCUCGAUGCACCAGAAUUUGGAGUUGCUUGUGUGGGAGGAUCUGUGAAGUCAAGAGCUCCUGUUCUAUAAGAACAGAUGUAAACUAUUAAAUAUUGUUACUAUAUUAUUUGUUGUAUAAUAUGUAAUCAUUGACGUACCUUGGAAAAUUAGUUAAAGACAUUAAUACUUCAUUAGGUUGUAGUAGUUUCGAUGCUUCUUGUCUCCUAUACCUCAUAUUGGCUUCAACAACAUUAAAAUGAAAUAGUAGUCCACCAUAUGGUUUUCCAGGUGUUCCUUCCACCAUGUAAGCACCAUAUUCAGGUCUCCACAAAGAUUUAAUAUUGCUGCGAAUGAAAUGUACAUUAGUAAUAAAUUAUAUACAUAUUAACAUGUAUUUAUAACUUAGAAUAUACUUACUCUGGAUCAUUAUAUUCUUUCUCAUUUAAAGUUUUCAAUAUCUCCUCAGCUCUUAAACUGAGUUUUGCAGUUUUUGCCUCGUCAUCAAAUUUAACGAGCAUGUAUUCCACCUAUGUCAGAAGAAAUUAUAUUAAAAUUAAAGAAUUUUAAGUGUCCUUAUUUGGACAAAAAGUAACAUUGAUAAUAUCUUGAUAAUCUUGAUGACUGCAAAUAUCAAAUGACAUAUCAAAUUUUAGAUAGUUAAAUCAAAAGCGUUGACUCAUGUAUCUGCAGGCAUUAAAGUAUAAUUGGAAAAACUCAAGGUCAUAGCAAUAGUAGUUCAUAAACUACAAUUGCUGACAGCAUUUAUUGAUUACCUCAAUCAAUACCAUGAAACAAUAAAUGGGCAUCACAAAACAAUGAGUAGAAUGCUUGUACA